UUCCGCUUCGACCCCUACGCAACAUUCCCCUUCUCUCUCUCUCCUCUCUCUCUCUAGAAGGGGCUCGUGUUCUUAGACUCGUUCCCCCGUCAACCACCGCGUUGGAUCGUAAACCCUAGAUCAGGAUCAGGAGGAGGAGGAGGAGGAGGAGGAAGAAGAAGUCGGAGAUUGGAGAUUCCCGACGAGCUCGAAUCGAAGAAGUCGGGGACGGAUCUGAGUGUGGGGGAGAGGAGGCGGCGGCGGAAGAGGAGGAGGGAGAGGGAGGGAGAGAGGAGCCAUGUCUAUGUCGGAUUCGGACUCCUCCCACAACGGCGACUUCAAAACAUUUCGCCAAAUCAGCCGAGAACGUCUACUAUAUGAAAUGCUCCGAUCAGCAAGAGGAAAGGACUCAAAGUCAACAUGGAAGGUGCUUAUCAUGGACAAACUCACUGUUAAAAUAAUGUCUUAUUCCUGCAAGAUGGCAGAUAUUACCGAGGAAGGGGUUUCAUUGGUUGAAGAUUUAUACAAACGCAGGCAGCCAUUGCCAACGAUGGAUGCUAUAUACUUUAUUCAGCCAACUAAAGAAAAUGUUGUCUUGUUCUUGUCCGACAUGUCAGGAAGAAGUCCACUAUACAAAAAGGCAUAUGUGUUUUUCAGUUCACCUGUACAAAGAGAAUUAGUGGCUCAAAUCAAGAGGGAUGCGAGUGUCUUACCACGCAUUGGUGCACUGAGUGAGAUGAACUUGGAGUACUUUGCGAUUGAUAGUCAGGGUUUUAUAACUGACCACGAGAGAGCUUUGGAGGAAUUGUUUGGUGAAAAUGCAGAAGGCUCUCACAAAUACAACGAAUGUUUGAAUACAAUGGCUACUCGCAUUGCUACAGCUUUUGCUUCUUUGCGAGAAUUUCCUUAUGUGCGCUACCGUGCUGCCAAGUCAUUAGAUGCUUCCACCAUGACAACCCUCCGCGAUUUAAUCCCCACAAAGCUUGCUGCUGGUGUUUGGAACUGCCUUGGCAGGUUCAAAUCUACGAUUCCUGAUUUUCCUCAAUCCGAGACCUGUGAGUUACUCAUUGUGGACCGGUCGAUAGAUCAGAUUGCCCCUAUCAUUCAUGAAUGGACUUAUGACGCCAUGUGCCAUGACUUACUAAAUAUGGAUGGUAACAAAUACAUACAUGAGGUUCCAAGCAAAAAUGGAUCAAAAAUGGAAAAAAAGGAGGUUCUUUUGGAGGAUCAUGAUCCUAUUUGGCUUGAGCUUCGACAUGCACAUAUAGCAGAUGCUAGUGAAAGGUUACAUGACAAAAUGACCAACUUCAUAACAAAAAAUAAAGCAGCUCAGUUACACCAUAUCAGAGAUGGUGGUGAGCUAUCAACUAGGGAUUUGCAGAAAAUGGUUCAAGCACUUCCACAGUACAGUGAUCAAAUUGACAAACUUUCCUUGCAUGUGGAGAUUGCAGGAAAGCUCAAUAAUCUGAUUAAAGAGCAAAGCCUUCGAGAAAUCGGACAACUAGAGCAAGAUCUCGUCUUUGGAGAUGCUGGGACGAAGGAUGUAAUUAAUUUUCUGAGAACAAAGCCUGAUGUCAGCCAUGAAAAUAAAUUACGUUUGUUAAUGAUAUAUGCUGCUAUCCAUCCAGAGAAGUUUGAAGGUGACCGAGGGGCAAAGUUGAUGCAGUUGGCAAGAUUACCACCUGACGAUAUGAAUGCUGUAAAUAACAUGCGUUGCUUAGGAGGACCCGAUACUAAAAAGGCUUCUGGAGGGGGUUUCUCUCUUAAAUUUGAUGUUCAUAAGAAGAAGCAUGGAGUCAGAAAAGAACGGAGUGAUCAGGAAGAGACAUGGCAACUGUCAAAAUUUUAUCCCAUGAUAGAGGAGUUGAUUGAAAAGCUUAGCAAAGGUGAACUACCUAAGGAGGAUUAUCCUUGUAUGAACGACCCCAGCCCUAGCUUCCAUGGAACUACACAACAGAGUGUAUCAGUUCGGACAAGUCCAGCUCAUCAGCCUGCGCAUUCCAUGAGAUCCAGGCGGGGUGCCACAUGGGCCAGACCUCGCAAUUCUGAUGAUGGGUAUUCAAGUGAUUCUGUGCUGAGGCAUGCAUCUAGUGAUUUCAAAAAGAUGGGUCAACGUAUCUUUAUUUUCAUCAUCGGUGGAGCUACUAGAUCUGAGCUCCGUGUUGUUCACAAGCUUACGACGAAGCUGAAGAGAGAAAUCAUCCUUGGGUCAUCUAGUCUUGAUGAUCCUCCCCAGUUCAUUACAAAACUAAAGUUGUUGUCAGCUCAAGAACUUUCACUGGAUGACCUUCAGAUCUAGCAACUUCACAAAUAUAGGUGCCUUCUACAGGCUGUAGACUCUCACUACUCGGUGCAUUCCUAAUGUACAUAUACAUCUUCGUGCUGAAUUUUUUCAAUGUUUAGAUACUCUUAAUGUGGUUCUUCAUUAAGGGACGACCCAGAUUCAUUCCAUAUUUUGGACUCGAGCUGCAUCAGAUUUACCUUUGCAAAGGUCUUUUUUUCGAGUGAAUAUGACAAGCUGCUGCAUAACUUAAGGUGUAUAUAAUACCACCACAUUGACUGCAGCUUGCAACUGUAUUAUGUCUGACACAAAUUUGAAAAUAUUUGAGAGGUGGAUACCGGAACUUUUUCUUUUAUUGGAAACGAAAAUUUCCGGUGUGAAAAGAUUGUUGCUGUGGCCUGUGUUCUUGCCAUUACCUGGUUAAUGUUUGUUGUAGAUCUAAUUUGUUAAUGAAUAACUGAACCAUUUUAGGUCGGCUUGUGAGUUUUAUUUAUUUUGAUGAGUAGUCAUUUAUUAUUUGUUCGACUCA